CGUGGCGGCGAGGCGAUUGGCGAGCGGCACAAAGGAGGGAGAUACCGCCACCGCCGCCCGCCUCCGGCCGCCUACCGACGCAGUUCUCCCCCGCUGAUCAGCGGCUGCAGCGUUGCGGUGGUCGCGUGACUCAUGGCGGCCACAUUAAAAAUUGUCGUUGGCUCCCAUAUAUGGCUGGAGGAUAAAAAUUUAGCUUGGAUUGAUGGUGAGGUAUUCCGAAUUGAAGGUCGAAAUGUCCAUGUCCACGUUACCAAUGGAAAGACGGUUAUUGCGAGCAUAUCAGAGAUUCAUCCGAAGGACACAGAAGUGCCAUCCGAUGGCAUUGAUGACAUGACACGGCUAUCAUACUUGCAUGAGCCUGGUGUUCUAAAUAAUCUCGCUGUUCGAUAUGCAAAAAAUAUAAUUUAUACCUAUACUGGCAAUAUUUUGAUUGCAAUUAAUCCAUUCCAAAGGCUUCCCCAUCUUGCUGAACCCUAUACUAUGGAGAAGUACAAAGGUGCAAAUUUUGGUGAGCUAGACCCUCAUGUAUUUGCAAUUGCCGAGGUUUCUUACAGGCAAAUGAUGAAUGAGGGAAAGAGCAACUCCAUUUUGGUGAGUGGUGAAAGUGGUGCUGGUAAAACUGAAACCACAAAGAUGCUUAUGAGAUAUCUUGCUUUUUUGGGUGGACGGUCUAGAACAGGAGGGAGGACAGUUGAACAACAAGUUUUAGAAUCUAAUCCAAUCCUUGAAGCUUUUGGCAAUGCAAAGACCGUUCGUAACAACAACUCAAGCCGAUUUGGCAAAUUUGUUGAAAUCCAAUUUGACAAGAGUGGGAAGAUAUGUGGUGCUGCCAUUAGAACAUACUUGCUUGAAAGAUCUCGUGUUUGCCAAAUCAAUAGUCCAGAGAGAAACUACCAUUGCUUUUACUUCCUAUGUGCUGCACCAUCAGAGGAUCUCAUAAGGUACAAGCUGGCUGACCCAUCAUCGUUUCACUAUCUCAACCAAUCUACUUGCAUUAAACUUGAUGGAAUUAGUGAUGCUGAGGAGUAUCAUGCAACACGAAGUGCGAUGAAUACAGUUGGCAUAACUGAGCAGGAGCAGGAGGCCACAUUCCGGGUAGUUGCUGCUGUGCUCCACCUUGGGAACAUCAGUUUUGUGAAAGGGAGAGAGGUAGAUUCAUCUGUAAUAAAGGAUGAAGAAGCUAGGUUCCAUCUUAAUGCAGCAGCAGAGUUCUUGAUGUGUGAUCGUGGAAAGUUGGAAAACACAUUGAUAAAGAGGAAAAUAAACACACCAGAAGGAGUUAUAACUACAACAGUUGAUCCUAAUUCUGCUAUUGUUAGCAGGGAUGGCUUAGCAAAGCAAAUAUAUUCUCAACUAUUUGACUGGCUUGUAAACAGGCUAAAUGCAUCCAUAGGACAAGAUGCAUCCUCGGACCGCUUGAUUGGAGUACUUGAUAUCUAUGGUUUCGAAAGCUUUAAGACUAAUAGCUUUGAACAAUUAUGCAUCAAUUUCACCAACGAAAAACUCCAACAUCAUUUUAAUCAGAAUGUCUUUAAAAUGGAGCAGGAAGAGUAUAACAUGGAGCAGAUCGACUGGAGUUACAUAGAAUUUGUUGACAACCAAGAUGUUCUGGACUUGAUUGAGAAGAAACCUGGUGGGAUUAUUGCACUUCUUGAUGAAGCUUGUAUGUUUCCUAAAUGCACACACGAAUCAUUUUCUCAGAAGCUAUAUGAGAAGUUCAGGAACAACAAAAGAUUUAGCAAACCAAAGCUUUCUCGCACUGCAUUUACAAUCCAACAUUAUGCGGGAGAAGUAACUUAUGAGUCUGAUCAUUUCCUGGACAAAAACAGAGAUUAUGUAGUUGUAGAACACCAAGAAUUACUUAAUGCUUCCAAAUGCUCCUUUGUGUCAGGGUUAUUCCCAUCAGUACUAGAGAACACAAAAUCGUCAAAGUUCUCAAUUGCUACUCGCUUUAAGUGGCAACUCCAAGAACUAAUGGAGACGUUGAGUUCUACAGAACCUCAUUACAUUAGAUGCAUUAAGCCCAAUAAUCUUCUUAAGCCUGCUACGUUUGAAAACAUCAAUGUUCUGCAGCAACUUCGAUGUUCUGGUGUUCUUGAAGCUAUUAGAAUCAGUUGUGCUGGAUAUCCUACAAGAAAAGUAUUUCAUGAUUUUCGUUGUCGGUUUCAUAUUCUUGCUCCUGAAGUUUUCAGCGAAAGAAACAAUGAAAAGGUGAUCUGCCAAAAGAUUUUGGACAAGAUGGGACUCCAUGGUUAUCAGAUUGGAAGAACAAAGGUGUUCCUGAGAGCUGGUCAGAUGGCUGAACUGGAAGCUAGAAGAACUGAAGUGCGGAAUGAAGCAGCUAGAGCCGUUCAGAGUAGAUUUCGGACUCAUGUUUCUCGUGAGAGAUUCCUUGUACUACGCAACACAUCUAUAUCUUUGCAAUCUUUUGUUAGAGUAAUAUUGGCUUGUAAGUUACGUGUUUUCCUGAGAAAACAGGCUGCAGCACUGCAGAUACAGAAAAGUUAUCACUGCUAUUUUGCUUCGAAGUCUUAUUCUGAGCUACGCUGUUCAGCCAUUACGUUGCAGGCAGGAUUAAGGGCUUUCGGUGCUUAUAAUGAAUACAUUAUCAGAAAACAAAAGAAAGCUUCUAUCCAUAUCCAGGCUCAGUGGCGUUGUCAUAGAGAUUAUUCGAACUAUCUUAAAAUGAAGAGAUCAGUGUUAAUUUAUCAGUGUGUGUGGAGAAGGUGGAUCGCUAGAGGAGAACUCAGAAAACUCAAAAUGGCUGCAAGAGACACAGAAGCCCUGAAGAUGGAGAAGGAGAAACUUGAGGAGCAUGUGGAAGAGCUGACUACCCGUUUGGGUUUGGAAAAGAAACUUAGGGCUGAUCUAGAGAAGAACACAGCAGGAGAAAUUUCCAAGCUACAGGCUGCUCUUCGUGAGAUGGAGCAGCGGGUGGAAGAAGCCACAGAGAUGCAGGAGAUGGAAUUAGCCAAAAAGGCAGUUGAAGAAGCUUUAGCUGAAGAAAGAGGAAAUACCACUUUAUUGACUAAUGAAGUUGAGGAGUUGAAGAUAUUGGUACUAAGGGAACGAGAAGAAAACACUGCAACUAAGAGUGCACUUGUUGUUGCUCGGGAAGAAAAUGAUGGCCUGAAUAAGAAAAUUGUGGUUGCGGAUGAAAACAUGGAGCAACUUAGAGGUACUGUUAAGAGAUUUGAAGAGAGUGAGACAGAAUUGGAGUCUUCAUUGGUGAUAGAAAAGCAAAAAAAUAAGGUAAUUAGAAGGGAACUGGGUGAAGCACAACAGCGAGUUGAAGAAUUAAUGAGACAAGUUGCAGAUGCCAAUGGAAAAUCCACAGAGCUUCAAACUUCUGUGCAAAGGCUGCAAGAAAGCUUGAUUGCGAGAGAUGCUACUUUGCUUACUGAAAGACAAGAAAGUGAAGCAACCAAGAAAUCAAUCACUGAAGCUCAUGGAAAAAUUGAGGAAUUGCUCAAUAAAAUUGAAGUAGCUGAAAAUGACAUUGCCAACUUCCAAGACAACAUCCUAAGACUUGAAGAAACUGCAGCAACAUUGGAAACUUCAUUGUUAGGUGAAAAACAACGAAGUACUGCAGUCAUGUCACAAUUAGCUGAAACACAACAGGGCAUUGAAGUACUGCAGAAGAAAUUUGCAGACGCCAAUAGGACAAAUGAUCUGCUUCAAGAUUCUUUGAAGAGGUUUGAAGAAAAUGCAACCACAAGGGAUGCCUUAUAUGUAGCAGAAAGGCAAGACCAUGAUCAAACCAAGCAAGCACUUUCCAAAGCUCAGGAAAGAAAUAGGGAAUUGCUUAGAAAAGUUGAUGAUGCUGAGGAAAGUAUAAACAAGCUGAUGGAGAACGUUCAUAGACUUGAGAAACAUGCAACAGCAAGGGAAUCUUUGCUGCUUAAGACAAAGCAAAAUCUCGAUUGCACGACAAAAGCGCUAGCUGAAGCUCAAGGGAGGAACCAAGACUUAAUGACAAGUUUUGAGGAUUCAGUGAACAGACUAGAUGAAUGUACGGCAGAGAAAGACUCUUUGUUGGCAGUAGAAAGGCAAGAAAACAAAGCAACAAAAGAAGAACUAACCAAUGCCCAGAAAAAGAUCACUGAAUUAGUACAUGAGUCGCAACAUUCCCAAGAAACCAGAAAACAACUGGAAGAUAUCAUCAAGAGGUUUGAAGCAGAUGCUACUGCCAGAGACAGUACAUUACUAUCAGAGAAACAAGCACAUGAGACGACCAAGAAAAUUCUAGCUGAAACUCAGUGGAGAAAUGGAGAAUUAAUCAAGAAAAUUCAGGAUUGUAAUAACAGUACUCUUCAGCUUCGGCUAACUGUUGAGAGGCUUCAGGAAAACACAUCUGCUACGGAGGCUUUACUGUUGAGAGAACGAGAACAAAACAAUGCAACCAUGAAGGCACAAACAGAAAGUCAAGAAAGAAAUCUGCAGUUACUAAAGAAAUUUGAGGAUGUUGACAAAAAAAUUGGUCUUAUUCAAGGGACUGUACAAAGGCUUGGUGAUAAUACAGCUACAGACACUUUGCUGCUCUCUGAGAGACGUGAGAAGGAUGCUCUGAAGAAAGCACUUACUGAGAGUGAAUACAAAAAGGUAGAGUGGCUGAUGAAAACUGAAGAAGCCAACAAAAAAAUCGAGCAUCUUCAAAACACUAUAAAUUCGCUUCAGGAGAAUUUAUCAGCACAAUCUGCUUCUUUGGAAGCUGGAAGACAAGAAAAUGAAACAAUCAGGAGGUCUCUUGUUGAAGCUCAGGAGAGAAAUGAUGCGUUAUAUAAGAAAGUUAGGGAUAGUGAAUACAGGGCUCACCAGCUUCAAGAUACUGUGCAAAAGCUUCAAGUAGAUGCCAUAUCAAGAUUGUCUUCCUUUGUAAUGGAGAAACAAGGAAGUGAUGGUGUCAAAAAGGAACACACUGAAGCCCAUGGAAGAAAUGAAGAUCUAAUAAGGAGAAAUGAAGACCUUUUAAAAAGAAAUGAUGACUUGGUCAAGAAAAUUGAAGAUUCUGGAAAAAUUGUUACUCAGCUUCAUGAGAACUUAGAAAGGUUAGAAGGAAAAGCUGCCAACUUAGAGGCCGAAAAUCAAGUGCUUCGUCAACAAGCAAUUGCUACUCCAUCUACAGCCAAGUCUCAAGCUGCAUGCUCCAAAAUCAAUGCAUUUCAACAGAGAAGUCAAGAAAAUGGUCAUAUUUUAAAUGGCAACGUAGCAUAUGCUGAAAUGAAGUCAUCAAUUGGUCCAACAGAAGCAAGGUCCUCAAUGGCUAGUUCGCCUGAUUUGAUGAACCAAAAGGAUUAUGAAAAUGGGGACACAAUGCAAAGGUUACUUAAUGAAGUAUAUCAGCACCAGCAACCCCAGAAUGAUCAGCAGUUAUUGCUUAAGUACAUUACCCGGUAUCUUGGAUUCUCUGGCAGCAAAACAAUUGCUGCUCCUCUUAUAUACUACUGUCUUCUUCAUUGGAGAUCUUUUGAAGAAACAAAGACUGGUGUCUUUGACAAUAUUAUACAAGCUAUAAACUCAGCGACCGAGGCUCAACAUGAUACGAGAAGUUUGGUCUAUUGGUUAUCCAACCUGUCCACGUUGUCAGUUCUCCUGCAACGCUCAUUUAAAAUCACCGGGGCGACGAUCUCAGCCCAACAUAGACGGAGAUUUUCCUGCGAGAGGAUUUUUCAAGCCAAUCAAACUUCAAAUAGUGGACUUACUUAUUUCAGUGUUCAAUCAGUGGAUGGAGCUAGUGGGUUGCACCAAAUCGAAGCAAAAUAUCCGGCUUUGCUCUUCAAGCAGCAGCUUGUGGAUCUGAUUGAAAAGGUGUAUGGAAUGAUAAGUGAAAAAUUGAAGAAGGAGCUAAACCCAUUACUUGAGAUAUGCGUACAGGAUCCAAGAACUUCUAACUCGAAUCAAGCAAAGGCCUCGCUGUCUCCUGCUAGUGGCUUGGGGCAACAGGACCAACUCAUGCAUUGGCUGAGCAUCGUGAAAAUCCUCAACAACUAUUUGCAUCUUCUCAGAGCCAAUCAUGUUCCAUCAAUUUUAGUCCACAAGUUGCUUACCCAAAUAUUUUCUAUGGUCAACGUUCAAUUAUUUAACAGGCUUCUCUUGCGGCGUGAGUGCUGUUCCUUUAGCAACGGGCAAUACAUCAGAGCUGGACUAACUCAACUAAAACAUUGGUGCGAUGAUGUCACUCGAGAGUUUGCAGAUUCGGCAUGGACAGCACUGAGGCAUAUAAGACAAGCUGUUGAUUUCCUGGUAAUUUCUCUAAAGUCAAUAAGGACAUGGGAAGAGAUACGCAAUGAUGUUUGCCCGGCUCUCAGCUUGCAGCAGCUAGAGCGGAUAGUUGGCAUGUAUUGGGACGAUUUGAAUGGCACAAACAUCACUUCAGCCGAGUUCAUAUCAAGCAUGAGAGCUACGUUGCAUGAUGAAUCAAAUAGCGUCUCCAGCUUUUCGGUCCUACUGGAUGAUGAUUCCAGCAUACCUUUUUCGCUUGAAGAUAUUGCGAAGUCGUUGCCAACCAUCGAGGACACGGUAGAUAAUGACCUUCUGCCUUUUAUCCACGAGAAUCGAAGCUUUGCGUUUCUACUGCAGUAGAGAGAAUGA